AAGGGGCCGUUUCUUCCAUCCGUCCGACCCCGAAGGGGUUCGCGACGCAAUGAUGCCAGCGAGAGGAGAGAUGGCCGGCUGGCCUGAUGGCCGAAGCCGAAGUCGCAGGCGGAUGCAGCCCUGUGGCGGAAAGCUGGAACCUCGAGGCUUGGAAUUGGUGCGCGGCGAGACAGUUGCUGACACAGACGCCAAGAACGUCCUGUUGAGACAUGACAGCGACGAGGUGGAGGGCAAAGCUGACGAGCAAACCUCCACCACGGGUGCCAGAUCGCGAGCCCUACGUCGGAUCCUCACGAAGUUGCCAGAGGAGAGGAGCAAAGAGGAAGUGGAGGAGGUCUUUGUGGCCAUGGAGAAGAUGUCGGAAGCGUUCCUGACCAACCUGGACAAGCCCGUGAAGCGAGCAAUCUGCGAACGCCUUCAAUGGGAGGAAUUCCAAGAGAACGAGCGCGUCUUCGACUUCGGCUCAGUAGGCGACAAGCUCUACAUUAUUUGGAGCGGUCGUGUCCAACUGGAGGUGCCGCGCGAGAAGACGGAAGCCGGUGACGUCCACUUUGUGAAGCAGGCAAAGAUGGAAGCCGGAAAGGUCUUUGGUGAGAUCGCCUUGAUGAGCGACGACUGCAAGAGGAAGGGCCGUUGCACGACCCUCAAGCACACAGAGCUUUGGUCCUUGCACCGGGAUGACUACCGCUGGUCGGUUGGCAUGUCCCAGCAGAACACGGUUCGUGAGCGGGCGGCCUUUCUGAAGUGCGUCGAGGAAGGUUUACUGGAGGACAUGAAAGCAGUGGACCUACAAGCAAUGGCUGGGUCUCUCACAGAGGACGGCUACAUCGGGGAGCACAAGAUCCUUGAGCAGGGCCAGGAAGUGGAUCGUGUGAUCUUCGUGAAGAGCGGCUUCUGCAAGGUGGUGAGACAGCUACACCCCAAGUUCACCGAGACCUUCUGUCGCUACGCCAACUACGGGGAGCCCAUGCCAAACCCCUAUGCCCAGGGAGAGGACGACGGCUUGCGCGUGGGGGAGAAGGGCGUUUGGCCCCGGCGCCGUGCUCCAGGGGACCCCAAGGCGGACGGAAAGGCCUCCGGCGCGGCGGAAGGUCAAGCCAAGGAGGCACUGGGGGUGAAGCUUCACUCCCACCAGGAGCUAAGGAAGCUCUUGCGCCUGGUGCAAGAUGAGGAGAGAGAGGAGAAGCGACCACAGAGGACUGAUACAACCAGUAGCUCCACGGCGGCCUCGCACGAGAGCUGUGACCGCCUGACGGUGGUGGUGGACAUCAUCUCUAAAGGGAGCUCGGUGGGGGUCAUGGAGCUCAUGGAGGGGCUCACCUACCAAUGCACGGUGAUCUCUUCGCCGUUGGCGGAGAUUUACUCCAUCUCCAAGUUUGACUUCAUCAGGAACGUCUCCAGGCCGAUCACCCACCGCCUCUUCUGCAACUACAAGGCUCGUGUCUCUGACAAGCAGCUCAUCAUGCGCUUGGUGCAGAAGUACCGGUGGGAGCACUACAAGCGAGGGCUUCUGGAGGAGAUCCGCAGCUGGCACAGUUCGGCCAGCCGCGGCAUCAUCGAUAGGGAGGAGCCAGUGCCCUUCAUCGGUGCCAGCGCGUUGGGGGACGAGACCUGCAUCCGUGUGGGCAAGGGCGAGAAGCUUUGGGACCGUCGGGCCCAGACUCCGCCCAACGAGGCCUACGACCCCGACCGAGCGGUGAAACAGAUCUUCCACGUGCAAUGUACGCGGGACGAUGAAGGGAAGCCGGUGGUCAAUGUCGAGAGGGAGCAGCGGGACGCCUCCAUGGACGACUUCGAGCGGAAGCUGCUGGAGACCAUGGCCAAUGCCCGGUACCGCGACAAGCUGCGGAGGACCGCAAAUCAAGUUGCGGCAGGCCAAGCCGCGCUGGAGGAUGGCAAGAAGGGGAACAACGUCGCCCAGCAGCAGGAGCUGGAGGAGGCUGCCAAAAAGACCUUGGAAGCCCAGAAGCAGAAGGAGAAAGAGCGCAUCGAGGGCCUGCGCCAGGCGGCGCGUGACAAGGUGAAGCAGGAUCGCGACCGCACUCAGGUCCGAGAUCGACGCACACUCAGAGCAUCGGCAGACUCUGGUUCACAGAGUGCGCGAUCGUCCAGAAUGAGUUCAAAGAGGUCCAACACCCAGAACCUCUCCUUGCCCGCAGUGCGCCAGCAGUCCUAUUCCAGCAGGGCUUCCACUCCCCGGGACUCCAAACAGUCCGCGCGGGCGCGCGCCUCCCGAGCCGCGGAACCGAGGUAGUGCAUAUUUCAGGUGCUGCAAAGUGGCUGCAUCAAGAACCAGCGCGGGCAAUCGCGCGUUAAUGCUUAGGGCCUGUCAGGGGCCGGCUGCUGCGAAUCCGCGGGAAAGCCGUCCGGCGAGCUGACAAGUGAC